AGUAUCCGGUGUCUGAGAAAUAUCAUCCACUGGAACCUGAUUACGGCAUUUAUCCUGCGAAAUGCCACCUGGUUUGUGGUGCAGCUCACCAUGAAUCCAGAGGUGCAUGAGAGCAAUGUGAUCUGGUGCAGGCUGGUCACAGCAGCGUAUAAUUAUUUCCAUGUGACCAACUUCUUCUGGAUGUUUGGAGAGGGCUGCUAUCUGCACACAGCCAUAGUACUGACAUACUCCACUGACAAACUGAGGAAAUGGAUGUUCAUAUGUAUAGGCUGGUGUAUUCCAUUCCCCAUUAUCGUCGCAUGGGCCAUUGGCAAGCUGUACUAUGACAAUGAAAAGUGCUGGUUUGGGAAGCGGGCCGGCAUUUACACUGAUUAUAUUUACCAGGGUCCCAUGAUCCUGGUCCUACUGAUUAAUUUCAUUUUUCUCUUCAACAUUGUGAGGAUCCUGAUGACUAAACUGAGGGCCUCCACUACCUCAGAGACCAUUCAGUACAGGAAAGCAGUAAAAGCCACACUGGUUCUUCUGCCCCUGCUCGGUAUCACAUACAUGCUGUUCUUCGUCAACCCUGGCGAGGAUGAGAUCUCACAGAUUGUCUUCAUAUACUUCAACUCGUUCCUUGAGUCCUUUCAGGGCUUCUUUGUGUCAGUGUUCUACUGCUUUUUGAACAGUGAGGUUCGCUCAGCCGUUCGUAAGCGGUGGCAUCGCUGGCAGGAUAAGCACUCCAUUCGGGCGCGGGUAGCGCGGGCCAUGUCUAUUCCCACCUCUCCAACGCGGGUCAGUUUCCACAGCAUCAAGCAGUCGUCGGCCGUCUGACCUUAACAGAAGCGAAGCGCCCAUCCCCGUUUCUUCUGCUUCCGCUCUUUCCGUCCUCAACUAAUCAUCCAUGUCCUCUGCAAAACCCAGGGAUAACACCUAUGGGCCAAACAGGGUAUGAUCCUCAGCUGAAACAUAGAUGAAGGGUGGAAAUAUACACAAACAAUGAGGUCCACCUGCCGAACACCGAGAAGAAGAAUCUGUUUCAGAAACAGAUUAGAGCAU